AUGUACAGCAACCUGAACGGUGUUGGCCGAGGCCCGGCUAGCCCUUAUACACAACCCUUCUUUACCAUGCAGCUGCGGCAGCUGUCCCGGUGCCGUGGCUGCGAGCGGGCACACGUAGCUGGGGACCAUGAGUCCCAGCUAGAUGAGCAGCUCCGGCAUCCGAAAGAAGGCAGCAGUGGAUCGAAGUCCGUGAGCUCAGUCGCACUGCCGAAGGCGGCUUUCGAGUAUUCGGAGGCGUCCCCUUCGUCCUUCUCGGCCGCCGGGACCCCAUGCUCCCUUCCGACGCCACCUUCGUCCCCCUCGCCACAGCUGACAGCACUGCCCGACCACUGGAUCACUGAACGCGCCGACUUAGUGGACCAAGGGACGUACUGUCUCGUGCCGAAGACCAGCGCCGAGUCGUCGAACGCGCAAACCUCCAACGGAGAACGGUCCCCAUCGCUGCUUCUGGUCCCCAGGUCCAACGACGAGGUCCUCGCGGCCCUAAGCGACGACCAGCAGCCGCCUCAGGUGCCGCACUUCAGCGAUGACCGCCACUGCAGCAGCGUGAGUCUCGGGUACCGCUCCAACGACCAGGCCGAUAUCGUCAGCGGCCAACCACAGGACAAGCGAAGCCACCGAUUCUUCGAAGACAUGGCGAAGAAGCCGUCGACGAGCUCCUUGGACCGGUCGGACAUCGUCGACUUCGUCGUCGACAACCGGACAGCCGAGGAGACCAGGGCUAUCUACAACAACUGGGCGUCCAACUACGAGGAGGACAUGACUCUGCAGAAGUACAAGGCCCCGAGCAUCAUGGCUCACUUCAUCAACCAGGAACUGCAGGUCAAGAAGGAUGCCGUCAUUCUGGACGUCGGAAGCGGAACUGGGCUGCUCGGGGUGCAGCUGAAGAACCUCGGCUACAGCUACAUGGACGCCCUGGACUACAGCGAGGAGAUGAUGGGCGAAGCGAAGAAGAAGAGUCUCUACAAGCGCACUUCCUCGAGAAGGUCUCCAAGAACAACAAGCUCUCCCUCAGGGAUGGUGAGUGCGGCAGGAGACGAGCAAUACUGGAGGCAGUUUGUAGCAGGCGCUUCAGCAAAAGCAAAGCCUUUACUUAAACAGUGCUGAUGCUUCACCUAGUUAGUACACACUAUGUAUAC